AGCCAAGUGUUUGUGUUGUGUCCAUUGAUCUGAUUAGAAUGAAAAAGGCGUCUAUGUGAAAGCUCUUUUUUCAGGCUUAGAUAGCUUCAGAUUAGGAAAUCACGUGACACAUACUUAAAAUGGCAGAGUUAGAGGAUGAGUUGAUUGGAGAAGAUUUAGAUUAUGAGUAUGAUCUAGAUGAGGAGGAGGAAGAAGCCCUCCUGGCUGGUGAAACACAGGAGGUUGAAGAAGAUAUAAUUGAGUUACGCGUGGAGGAUGAGUUUGAGGACGAUGAUGGUCAGAUGGGCAUGUCUCACUCCUCUAAUGUUCAUUCAUUACAGACAUCAGAUGCUGUAUAUGAAAGGGAUAUUGAGGAUAACUAUAAUGAUAAUUCCAUGAAUGAUGAGUCCCUUAACAUAGAAACCCAAAACAUUUUAGAAGAAGAGGAGGAAGAAGAAGAAGAGGAGGAGGAGGAAGAUGAGGAAGGAAGGAGUCGUGACCGUUUCAAGAGUGAAAGAUCCAAGAUAUCACUGUCAAAUACAACUGUGGAGCGAACCAUUCCAGAUUCUCUAGACAAAGUGAAAGUGGAGAAGACAGAUGUCAUGGACCAUUCUCGAGGACGUGGUGGCUUUCGGGGCUGUGGCCGAGACAGAGGACGAGGCGGGGGACGAGGUGGCCAAAUGGGGGGAUGGCAAAGAGGGGGACCAAGAGGUGGACAUCGAGGUGGGCACAGAGGCGGACCCAGAGGCUUGAUGUCGCAACCAGGAAAUAGUGCAUGGGGAGGCCCUAGAUUCCAGAUCCAACCUUGGGAGCGUCCACCCCUGUUAAUGAAUCCCCAGAUGCGACCAGGCAUACGACAGGGUGUUCCCAACAUGCAGAUGCAAAGGGGUGGCCCUCCUAACAUGGGUCGUCCACAGCUGCCGCUGGUAUCGUUACCUGGGGGGAUGCCAGACAGGCCUAAUGCUCUCUUGGGCAAUCCCCCUAAUGUUGGAGGGUUCCCGCGUCUUCCGCUGGGAAAUGUAGGUUUGUGGAGCGCUGCAGUCGUGCCAUGUGGAGCUGGUGCAAUACUAUCACAGCUAGUCAAUCAGGCACAAAUUGAAAAUGACUUGAGGUCAUCUCUUAAGAGACGUUCUGAUGGGGAACCAAUGAACAACUCGCCACCCAAACACAUGAGAAUAAAUCAGCCAAAAAUGAGCAACCAACAGUCUGUUGCAUGGAAAAAGCUCAACAAUGCAGUGAACAGACAGAGAGGAGGUAUGGCUAAGAAAGGCCCUAUAUCUAGUCGACUCUCCAUGCCUGCAGCAAAUGCCAAUCCAAAUUUGACAACCAUCAAGACUGUGGACAUUAAGCCUGUUCAGCAAAAUCAGGCAAACAGGGCACAAAGAGGUCAAGGAAGGAGGGAGCCAAAUGCUCAGAAUCAAAAUGAAGGUAACAAGCAGUCUGAGAAAGGAGCCAGUGAGGCUGAAAAAGGAAAAGAGGCAGGAGACCAGGAGCAAAAGGUGUGUGUAGAGCAUUGUCUUAACCCUAUGUUGACGGGGCGAGAAUUUACUGGCCGGGAAUCAUUCGGGGGAAUAUUGACAGUCAUCUAUACUUCCUGCUGGGUUGUUUGCACCGGAGAAGUUUCAGCUCAUUACUCUUUUUUUUUUCUAUAUGUUCAUGUAUGAAGGAUUAAUUUAACCAUAUGUUCUAUGAAGGACAUUAUUGACUUGUAUUGUAUAUACUCAAUAUUACUGUGGUGGUUUACUGUGAAAGAAUUUUUUUACGGAUUUGUUAUGUACAAUUAUAUACAAUUAUUGAUCAAUUUACAUGCUCAGGGAGCACUUUGAACUACUGGUACUCCCUGAAGCAAGGAGAAGAGCAAAAGGAGACCCCACAGAUCUGAGCUCUAUCUUCAAUUUGGCUUGUGUCAUUUUACUGCCAAAGAAUUUGUGGAUAGUCAGGGUGUUGACAGCUGCCAUGUCUAGUAGGUUGAAGAAAAUCUUGCAAUACUUAAUCCACCUUAGGGUUACUGCACACCCUACUUUCCAGUUAGUAUCUAUAGCGACAAGUGGCUGCUGCUGUGGACCCCUGC